AUUUAAACCGUUUUGAGCGGGUGCCUGAAAAACAAGAGGCAGUCGAGCUAACCCUGUCGAAGAGAGAAGCUAGCGGCAAAUGUUGAAUUAACAUCUAAUGUUUAUAAACAAAAUAGUCGAAGUCUUUGUUUUUGCAGUGCGGUCGUGCAUCUAAAGAAGGGAGCCACCAUGAGUUCCUUGCCGGAGACCACGCGCUCCCUCAUGCAGAUUUUUAAUGGAAAACUGCAGGAUUUUACUAAUGAGAUCGAUAAUGUCCACAUGGUGUGGCUGGAGGAGAUCCAGCAGGAAGCUUAUCGCAUGUUUUCCAGUGAUUUCAGCACCGAGCCGGAGCUCAUGCCAAAGACUCCAUCACAGAAAAAGACAAACCGCAGGAAACGGGUGUCCAUGGAGCUCAAUGAGUCUCGCAGCAAAAGACGUUUCUCCAAGGGGAAACGCAGCAACUUGCGUCGCUCCUCGGUCCAGAUGACCCUGAACUCCAUCUCUGAGCUUGUUACGCCACACGUCCCGAAUGACAGCUCCGAGAGCCUUAUAGAGGAACCUGCUCGCCGCACGCGUCGCAACAAAACCACCGCUCCGGCUGAAACCGAACCCGUCAAGCGCAGCACCCGUAACAAAGGUGGCGCCAAAGCCAAGGAGGUGGAAGAAGUGGCAGAGAACAUUCCAGAAGUGGAAGAACCUGUUGAGGUGCAGGAUCGGAUCCUGGUGUCCGAAGCUGUGGUGAAGAUUCCCUCUUCAGAGCGUCUGAGUGCAGAGUUGAUGCUGAACGCUGGUUUGUCUCCAGGCCGAUCCGCUAAUAAAAUCCCCAUUGCUGCACCCGGGUCGCAGACAACACCUCAGGGCCCAUCUCGGACGUCAGUUCGGCGUUCCCUGGUGAUUCGCCGCUCACUGGUGGGCCUCAGGCAUAGCAUGACACAGGAAGCUGUUCGCAGGGCAUCCCGGCGCUCUUUCUUGAAGAAGAAAGCCAGACUGGGCAACUCGACCUGCAGCAGCUCUGUCAGCGAGGACAUUUGUAUGGACAUUGAACCUGAGGACAUGGAGAACAAAGAGGAACAGGUCGAUGCACCACAGAAGAUGGCAGAACUGGCUACUGAAACCAACCCUGAACCUGAAAUUGUCCAAUCUGAGGAACCUGAACCAGAGAAGACUGAAGAAAAGGAAUCUGAGGUAAAAGACAAACGUCCAAAAGAGAUUGCUGAAUCUCCCAGCACUGUUGAGAACUGUCGCUUCACGCGAUCCAUGGCUCGUACUUCAGAAACAGAUGACAGUAGUGGGUCAAAGUCCAGAGGAGAUGGCCGGCCUACACGUUCAGGCUCCAAGCGGCGGGCAGCUGAGUCAGCAAUACAGGAAAUCGGCACACCCAAGAAGAAGCACUCUCCUCCAAAGAAAUGCCUCACGAGUGUUGCUCCACACAUGCGCUCGUUCGUGCACACAGUGCAGAAGAACCAGAUGCUGAUGAUGACACCUGGAUCUCUGGGCCGCAGCAAUAUCAUGAAGUCCUUCAUCAAACAAUCUGCCAGCAAAACUGAUGUCAAGUUGGGCUCUGGCUCUGUGGAGCGAGAACGACAGAAGUGGGACGCCUUGAACAAGAAGAUUGAACAAGAGAAUGAACGAAAGAAAAAGAUUGAGGAGGAGAGACGAAAGAAACAGGAAGAAAUGAAAAGAAAGCGGGAUGAACGUUUGAAGCGUGUUGUUGAGGCUCGAGUGAAAAGUGAAAAGGAGAAGGAGCAGGAAAAGAAAAAGAAGAUUGAAGAGAAAAUGGCACAGCUGGAGAAGAAAAAUGAUUUGAUGCGAGUUGAGCGAAUGGCAGAAGAAAAAGCCAAAAGGAAGGUGGCCACUAAACGACAGGAAGAACUGGAGCUGCGCAAGAAACAGGAAGAGGCAGCCAGACAAAAGAAACUUCAGCAAGUUGAGGAAGAGGAGCGGCGGCACCAAGAAAUGCUGGCCAAGCGCAAGGCUGAAGAGGAGCGAGAGAAAGCCCGCAAACUGGCCGAGGCCACUCGCGCCCUGGAACUGAAGAAAGAACAAGAGCGGGAGAAAGAGAAGGAGCGUGAACGUGAGCGGGAAAGAGAGCGGGAACGAGAACGACAAGCUGCAGCUGAGAAAGAAAGACUAGAGAAAGAGAAGGCUAUUGCUCUUCAGAAAGAACUGGAGAGAGCAGCCAGAGAGAAAGAGAGGAGAGAGAUGGAGGAGAAGAGGAAGAUGGAGGAGCAGAGGAGGGCCGAACAGGAGAGAGAAGCCCAACAGAAACGUGCUGCUGCUGCUGCUGCAGCCUCAGCAUCCCAUACAGUCACAGCUCAGGUCUCAAAAACACAAGCAGCUAGUAUGCUCAACUCCACUAUAACUAAGGGUUCAGCUCUAAACAUGACUGUAGAUAUUGAGAACUCUGUCCUGAAAACUCCAGUUGGGAAAGGAGCCGCACUGAAUAAGACCAUAGAUCACGGAGCUGGACUCAACGUGACCGUUGACAUUGAGCAAUCUCCACAGUCCUAUCAAAUUACUCCUAAGGGCCAGAAGGUGACAGUUUUGGUCAAUCCUGAAGACUAUGGCAUGGACCAAAACAGCGACGACUCGACAGAUGACGAAUCAGCGCCCAGAAAACCCAUCCCAUCCUGGGCUGAGGGUAUGCAGUUGCAGCAGUCUAUAAUGAAACAAUAUUAUAAUCCACUGGAUCUCAAUUCCUAUUUUGGAAAACCUGAACCACCCAAGCUGGAGGCGAUCUUCAGGCGGACCAAACCUCGCUUCUUCAAACGCACUAGCUCGGCUGUCUGGCAUUCUCCACCACGUUUGGGAAAUUUGGGCAAUUAAUAAGCAAAACUUUCUUUUCUACUUAUCUGUCGUCUUUUUAUAUGUUGUCUUUUAUACAUUGAACUCUCUUUAAUAAAGCCUAUAAAAAUCUAUAUGUAAGUAGAUUUAGACUGGAAAAAAAGCAGAAUGUGUAAUUUUAGAUUACACAAAAGGAGUUUGACAACAGUUUUUGGGCACUGACGGCAGACCGGAAUGGUCUGUCAAAUUUACCUGCUUUGGUUUUAAAUGGGAUUACGUUGUCACCCAUGUAUUUAAAUAUAGUAUCACAUGUAAUACAUUUGGAAGUGUACACAGGAGCUGCUACAAAUGUGAUGGUAAAGUAGACGUAGAAAAUAUGGGUGUGGCGUUUUCCCACAAUUCACUUCACGAAGAGUGUCUGGACUGUCAAUAAAAUGUAUAAUUUCUAAA